CAUUGACCGAAGUAGAGAUUUUCAUAAGCAAACGCAUUAAGCCUUUUCUAAUUCUUCAUCUAAGUAGUGUUUAUUGAAAGAAAGCAAUGCGGUGCUUUCAGUGGUGUGUGUUGUUAUUUUUAAUAACAGUACUCCAUUCGUGUGUUUGCCAUCCGCUUGGCAUACGCAUCGCUUCACUAGCCAAACAACACGAAUCGCUUCAAGAUAGUGACUUUGACGAUUACGAAUUCGAUGAUGAGGUUGUUAGUGACUCACGUGCUGAUGAUAGCAAUGCUAGAGCCGAUCACUUGCUCAGUGACGAUGGUAAGGAGCAUAAUGAUGACAUUUAUGAGGACUACGACGACGUUAAUGAUUUGGGUAAUAAUGUUAAGGACGAAAAUGAUGAUGAAGAAUUUAACGAUAAUGAUGAUGAACAUCACGAUAAAGUGACUGAAGAGAAUGACAUCGAAGACAAUUCAUCAGAUGAUGACAUGGGUCGGAUAGCUGGCUACCGACCUGAUGUAGCUUUGACGAGUCCACUGGAGUAUUAUAAUUGAAAGAUAUGAAGACAAGACUUUAAGAUUGGCAAAUGCACUGAAACAAGAAAUGUAUUUAUUUUGCUAGAUUAGGUUUCAUAAACUUUAAGUGUAGUUGUAAUGUUAAAAUUUACCUACAUAUGUAUAUGUAUGUGAGUAUAAGCAUAAUAUAAGAGAUAAA